AUGUCUGACGAUAAACAACCUACCGAGAAAGAGUUGCAAGAUCUCGCAAAGAAAGUCGAUAAGCUUGUUUCCAGCAAGAAGGUCAAGCAAUUGAUGAAGAAUCCAUCUGCUGCUGUCGCUGCCAGUGGAAGCAACGAAGCUGAACAAACCGAAGCCAUGAAGGCACAACUUCGACAAAUGAUGGAGAGCAUGGCCUUACUGGAAAGAGCUGGUAAGGUCAAGACUAGUGGUAAAAAGGAUAUGGGAGAUCAUCAAUUUUGGAAGACUCAACCUGUGCCUCGCUAUGAUGAAAACAUUGCUGAAUCAGGACCCGUUGAACCUGACACUCCCUACGACCAAAUUAGAAAAGAGCCUAUCCCUUUGCCCAAGGAGUUUGAGUUUUGUGAGAUUGAUAUGGAGGAUGACAAGCAAGUCAAGGAGUUGUAUGAACUGUUGACCAUGAACUAUGUCGAAGACGACGAUGCGCAAUUCAGAUUUGAUUAUUCUGCAGAGUUCUUGAAAUGGGCUCUUUUGCCUCCCAACCAAAAGAAAUCAUGGUUAAUUGGUGUCCGUGUUGCCUCCAAUAAGAAAUUGGUCGCUUUCAUCAGUGGUGUUCCCGUUGCAAUGAGAACAUAUGAUGUUGUCCACAAAUUGACAGAAAUCAACUUUUUGUGUGUUCAUAAGAAGCUCAGAUCAAAGCGUUUAGCUCCUGUUCUUAUCAAGGAAAUUACCCGUAGAAGUCAUCUUGAAGGCGUGUUCCAAGCUACUUAUACUGCCGGUGCCGUUCUUCCCAAGCCUGUCUCCACAUGUCGUUAUUACCAUAGAUCGCUCAACCCAAAGAAACUCGUCGAAUGCAAUUUCUCACGUAUUCCCCAAAAAUCCACUCUUUCUCGUAUGGUGAAGAGCUACAAAGUACCUGAAAAGACGAGCACUGUUGGAUUGAGAGAAAUGCGCCCAGAAGAUGCAUCUCAAGUGCGUGUAUUGUUGAACAAAUACCUGCAGAGAUUUGAUUUCGCUCCUGUUUUUGAAACAGACGAAGAUGUCAAACAUUGGAUCUUGCCUCAUGAUAAGGUUGUUUGGAGUUAUGUUGUUGAGGAUUCAGAAAAGAAGAUCACCGACUUCUUCUCCUUCUAUUCGCUUCCCAGUUCAGUCAUUGGUAAUCCCAAACACUCGACAUUGAACGCUGCUUAUAUGUUCUACUAUGCUGUGCAAGUCGAUGAUGAACUAAGUGACGUACAAAAGGACAAGUUCAUCACAAAGAGAUUGAAUGAAUUAGUGGGUGAUGCUUUGGUAUUGGCUAAAAAGGCUGAUUUUGAUGUUGUAAAUACACUUGAUUUGAUGGACAAUGCAAAGUUUGUCCAAGAACAAAAAUUCGGUAAUGGCGAUGGCUAUUUGAACUACUAUUUGUACAAUUGGAAAUGUCCUGAUGUUGCUAGACACAAGGUUGGAUUGGUAAUGCUUUAG